AUGAAAGAUAUUGCUCUUUUUUUUUUACCUUUAGGGAUAAUAUUAUCCUUCUUAUUAUUAAGUGGUAUUGCCAUGUUUCAACGCUUGGCUAUAUUUCUUCAAAAGAAGAGUAUAAAUUUUCAAUUAUCGUCUCAUAAAAUAAAUAUUUCGAUAUCAUCCAUUAUAUCUUUCUAUGCCUUAUUAAGAUUAUUAUGUACCAUAAUUGAAUUAAAUAAUAUUAUUUAUGAGAAAGAAAUUUAUGAAAAUAUAACUUCUCUUAACUACAAUAGGUCUUAUUUAAAAAAAAUAAGACUUCAAAGAAAUUUCUGGAUAUUACUCUUAUGCUCUAUAACAUGGAUAUUUUACAUAAGAUUUACUUAUCUACUUAUAUAUUAUCGUGAGAAGGUAAAAGAAAGCGAUGAACAAUAUGAACAAGUUUUAGAAACUAGAAGAGAAGAAAAUGAAGAUCAUACGAAUAAAAAUGAUGACAUACAAGAAAUAAGUAAACAAAUGAAACAAGAUGAUGAUGAUGUAACAUUCUUGAAAAAUUAUAAUGACAUGUCAACAAAUAAUGAUGGGACUCCCCGAAGUGCGGCAUCAGAAGAGUGUGUUCAUUUUAAAGAAAAGUCAUAUCUUCUGGAUAAGGACCUUACAAAGUCUUGCAUAAGACAAAGGAAAUAA